AUUCCCUUCAAACUAUACCUGUGUAUCUUGUGGAGCAAGAUAUUGCUGUGUGAAGUGUUUGUCGACACACCAGGACACAAGAUGUCUCAAGUGGACAGUAUGAGCUGCUAUUACCAUCGUUCGUUCUAUUGUUCUCACAAUUUCAAGCGUCAUCAUAAAAGGUUUCAGCGACUGAGGUCAUUCCGCAGCCAAUAAUCCAGUUCGCAAUUCCGUGGAGGUAUAAAACACUAUGAUUCCAGUAGACGAGAACAUGCAACUUAUAAUCCAGUUUAUCAUUAACUGGAUGUACAGGGUUGCAGUUUCAGCGAAACCCGUUGCUAAGCGACAAGAUCUAUCGUUAUUACGUAAUGCUUGAAGAGGAGGUUUUUAAAACGACACUGACACCAAAGUUUUAGAGCCAAAAAAGGCAACAUUUCAUAUCGAUUCACGGAUUGUGACCUGCCUAACUUGUACAUACUUGUAGUUAAUUUGUGUUACAUUAAAGAUCGCCGAACGGUUGCCUGUUGGAACAAUUUUUCUGUUUUUUGACAGCUUUUUGACAUCUUUUUGACAAUAUUCUGAUGGCUUUCGUUUUUAAUGGCCAAUCAGAAUGCAAGAACGUGAAGAAGAGUUGUCAAGAUCCACACUCACGUUAUGACAGUUAUGACAAGCUUCGCAGUUCUUGCAAUUCGAUUUCCUACUUUAAACAAAAGACAAAGUUUUCAAAAAGUUGUCAAAAAUCUAAAGAAAACAGCCUCGUCAAGUGGCACUGUAAAAAGUAUUUUUACUCUAAACGGUUGAUAACCUCUUUGGCCAAAACCAUGUCAUAUUUUUCCUUCGUCAGCAUUGUUCAUUUUGCGGUACAUCAGAAUACCUUCAACUCACUUGUUACGAGAGAUCACGCAAAGCCACGAAUCAUUGAGAAAUAACCUGUCUGAUUACCACUCUAGCGCUACCGCCCUCUGCGUUAAGCUAGGAUGGGAUAGUCUCUAUAUCAGAAGGAAAAAGCAAAAAUUGAAAUUAAUAUUUAAAAGUAUGAAUGAUUAGACUCCGGAGUACCUGAAAGGCCUAUUUAAACCCUUCAGCACGGACUAUCGUCUCGGAAAGAUUGGGAAAAAAAAGCUCUGCCCAGGCCCCGUACCAAUUUUCUCAAAACGAAGUGUCUGCUAUAGUGGGGCACGUCUGUGGAGUAGCCUUCCAUCUAACGUCAGAGCCAUUAGAUCUUUUAUAUUAACUCCAAAAAUGAGAUCAAUCACCGAAUGUUCUCGUACUCCCACACGACAAACAUCUGAAUCAUUUUUUUUCCUUUUUUAUCUCGAUCUUGUGAUAUCACUGAUGUUUCUACCGUGGUUAAAUAAAGUGUAUGUAUGUAAAUAUUCCUACCGGAAUAUUCGGGACCACCUCUGGAGGUGGUCCACUUUGACCGGUUCGACCGAAAUUUGCCGUUCCAUUUGGACAAACCCGUUCAUUGCCCUACUCUUCAGUAGAUUUUACUUAUGUAGGGAAUUCGGAAAAUGAAUAAAAAAUGGUAAGAGCCAUUCCUUUUGGUUGGCCCGGUUUGAUCGGAAAAUGUCGUUCCCUUUUUCCUCGGAAAGCCCACUGGUCUCUGACUGGUCGGUCUGGUAUGGUGGAAGCGCCCACGGUUACCGUAGUAAGACGCCCACAGAACAAAUACCAAUCUCGUUCCCAGAGUCCGCGUUAACACGUAGGCAUGGGCAGAAUGGAUAAUUGGCUCAUUUUCGCUUCCAUACCUCCCCGAUACAGUAAAACAAAAUGGCGGACUUUCGUUUAUGCUUAAGCUUAUUUUUUGUGCCCAAACAGGGGCCAGCAUUUGCGGAGCCGUUUGGAAAUUGUCUGAAGAGACUUCAGUUCCUAGGGUGUUUUCCAGCCUUACUUAUAAACUUUCGUGGGCUGGCUUCAAUUUUUGCCGGGUUUACUUCGUCCCGCCCCAACUAACUGCCCCUGGGUCUCCAAGAAUGCCGUGGCCGGUGACCUCACAAUACCUUGACGAAUCAGACUGCUCCAUUUGCAUUGAUAUCUUUAUAACCGAAUACCGACAACCGGCAGUCUAACGGUUCCUAGUGUGACAAUAUUGUUGACUAAUCAUGAAAAAUAUUAUGCCGCAAAAUCUUAAACCGGCCGCGCCAAAUAAAACGAGUACAUCAAUGCAACUUCCGGGUAACCGUCCGAGCUCGCUCAUGAUCAUAUAAAAUCCCAACUCGGUACGGUAUGAGACAGCCAUAAACACCAGAGAAGUUUCAUAGCCAUGAGCUUUGCAGAUAAUAAGGUGGUCUCUAUCUAAGGACUAAAUAUUUCAACAAUUUAACCUUUUGAUUGGCUAUAUGAUGCGUGAUCUGUCACGUUGUUAAUGGUUUAGCCCAUGACGCGCUACAGCGUUACAAAUGCCGUAUUUGUGAAAGGAUGGUUCAUAUGACCUACUAGAGAAGUCUUCAACUUAACUACACUUUACAACGAGAGACAUCUCGGCCGUGACGUCUUUCAUGGGUCUAAGUAACACUGUCACUCAUUUAGAUUAGAUUAUACGCGCUUAACGUAUCUUUAAUGAAUAUGGCGGAAAAAGGAGUCGACGAUAUCGACGAUAUCAUGGACAUGGUUCAAACAAUGAAGUCCCUCGGUGUUCCGUCCACGGGAUUGCGAACUUUGGACGAGAUGAAGCAGCGAGUGAAAGAGACGCUUAAACUGUCAGAGAAGAAAUCCAGCUGGACAGCAAAGGAGCCCUUCUCUGUGUUAACUGACGCCAAACAAGAAGAUGAGAGAAAAAGAGAAACCUUGUACGAAUUCUACGAGAAUACGGAGGUUUGUUUGAACAGCAUGGAUGACAAGAUUCGCCUUCUUUUGGAGCAGAAUGUAACAAACUACAGCGAUAAAAUCGCUUGGCACAAAAGGAACUUAAAACAGCAGGAAUACAUUGUACUUGUUGCAGGUGAGACAAGUUCUGGAAAAAGUACCCUGUUGAACCUGAUUCUUGGAGAACAUCUUCUUCCAUACUCCGUUCUCAGCACAACGUCUACCAUCUGUGAGCUAAAAUACGGGACCACGCCCGCACUGGUAGCGCACUUCAAAGACAAAGAUCCACAGACAGGGCUCCCCACGAGGACUGUGCAGCUUGGUCAGUCUAGGGAAACCUGUCUUGAGGAGAUCUCAUCCUUUGUACACGUGAAGACCGAUCGAGAGAAGGGAUCUGAUUACAAGAAGAUUGAGCUCUUUUGCCCUCACAGCCUGCUUAAGCAAGGUAUCGUUAUAGUGGACAGUCCUGGUGUUGGUGAGUCUGGCAUCAUGGACGACAUUGUUAAAGAGUACCUUCCAGAGGCGUUUGCUUUCAUUUACGUAAUCAACAGUGUAAACGCCGGUGGAAUACAACGAGACAGGCUGGAAAAACUGAUCGAAUACGCCAGAAAGGUAUCUCUUGACCAGCAGAGGGAAACGUCGUCAACUCAAGCCCUGUUCGUGUGCAAUAAGUGGGAUCAAGUGCCACCGGGAGAGGCCAGUGAGGUUAAGGAUUACAUCAUCAAAAGACUCACACAUUGCUGGCCCAGUCUGGACCCACAUUCGCAGAUCAUCUACAUGUCGUCAACCAAUGCCAGCGAGGCGCAAGGUCUUGGAAUAAUCACCGAAGAAUUUGCAGGCCUGAUGAAUGGCAUCAAGUCCAUGGUUUUGAAAAGCAUCGAAGCAAGGCUACAAACUAAAUGGAGGUGGCUUGAUUACCUCCUUUCUCGCAUGGCUUACCACACCAAGGCAUUUCUUCAGAAUUCUCACAAAGAUCGCCAAAAAGUUAUUGAGAGAAUGAUGCUUAUCACUGAACGCCUAUUGAUGAUUGAAAAACAGCAGAGUUCCGUUAGCCAUGAGCUGCAGGAAUACUUGGAGAACAAGACAGACUACGCUGUUAGUACGCUCUCCAAAUAUCUGAAGUCUUCAGAUGUUGUGGGAAAAUUUACCUCAUGGACGUUGGAUGACGUUCCAAACACAGAAGAAAGUUGGGAGGUCACCAGAAACUUCAUCCAAAAAGCUAUUAUGAAGCGGCUUCAGGACGUAAUCGCAACUUGGGAAGAAGAGAAACAUGUCUUUUCAGAUGCUCGCACAUCUCUAAUCCAGUACUUCCAGGAUCGAUUUAACCUCGUCGAGGGACAACUUCGAAUUCUGGAGAGCUCCGUUGUAGCUAAGGAUGCCGCUAGUCCUAGCAGUGACCUCCUGGUUCCAGACAACUUUAGCGUGGCCGAAAGAGUUAUCAUAGGCGUCACAAGUCCCAUUUGGGUUCCAGUCGGUCUGGUUGUCUUGAUAGUCAGUGUUCCUGUGGUUGGUGCUAUGGCCGUCAAGGAGAAGUAUGAAGAUUGGGCCAAAACCAGAGAGUACGAAAAAGACAAAAGCGGAUUCAUGGCGAAAGCUUCACAAGAAUAUUUAACUGAAGCUGCCGAGGAACAGAAUCUGCGGUCGUACGUGGUGGAGCAGCUGAAAGAGUGUGAAGUGUGUCUCAGGCAAGUUGUCGCUCGUAUCCCUGAGCUCAUCGAGGCUGAUAAAAUGCUGUGUCAACAGCUGAGAGAUGAGAACCGUUCACAGAAAGAAAUAGAAGACUUCUAUAGACCCUUGUACCAGAGGAGUUUGCAGCUGAGGGAUCGCAUGGCCAUGUUCGGCAUCAAGGAGGUACGAACCAUGGACAUCAGUUGCAACGAUUUGGAAUGGAAGGACGAUGGAAGUUCGCUCCUUGGAACAGGCGCCUUUGCUUCUGUCUAUCGAGGGAAGUUAAAGCUUCAUGAAGAAGAGCAACCCGUGGCUUUAAAAGUCUGGAAAGAGCAACUAAACGACUGCAACGCAAGUGCUUUCCUUGCUGAAACGGACGCAUUGAGGAAAUUGAAUUAUCCAUUCAUUGUGAAGUUCUAUGGUUCAUCACUGCUGAAGGAAGGAGACCAGGCGUGGGCGAUAAUAGUGAUGGAGCUGUGCAAGGAAAACUUGAUGAGACACAUUUUCCUGAAUCCUAAGAAUAUACCAGCCAGGUUGCCCUCCUCAACACCUCCCACCGAGAGAACUACAAUCCGAUGGGCGAAAGACAUCGCUAAUGGACUGGAAUACAUACACAACCAGGGGUACGUCCACAGGGACCUCAAGUUGGAAAACAUAUUGAUAUCACUCCAAGAUGUUGUCAAGAUCGCCGAUGUUGGUGUAUCCAAAGAAGGAAAGAUGAUCACAGGUACCAUGGCCGGAACACCUGCCUUCGUCGCACCGGAAGUGAUUAGAUCCAGUGUGUACGACUACAAGGCGGACUUGUACAGCUUUGGCAUUAUGAUGUGGGAGAUGUGGUAUGGUCGAAGAGCCCUCAUGGACGUGGGAGGAGAUUUCAAUACGUUUUGGGACAAAGUGGUUGAAGGUGUAAGACCGUCCCAUAUUCAGGGCUCCAGGAUGCCUCCAGAUCAGUGGCAAAAUCUGAUGCAGCGUUGCUGGGAUGGCCAGGUAGAGAAAAGACCAACCGCUGCGACGUGUCACAAUGAGUUAACCAACUUGUAUAGUACCGUCUUUUUAUCUGACGUACAGUUGAACGUGCAGCAAUGAUUGGCAGUAUAUUAAACAGCAUUCUCAAAUUCAUUAAUGAUUCAUUAAGUUUCAACAAAGGAAAUCAAGACCGUGACGGUGUUUGGAUAUCUUAAU